AUGUUGUAUCAGGUUGACCUUAAGAAUCUCUUUGGAAAGAAUCGUCCACGUGAACCAAGCCUUGAAGCCUGUGAUGCCAAGCAAGCCUAUGCCACUGGUAGAGGUAUUCAACCGCAUGGAGUUAGAGUUCGUGACCUUGCCGACUUCAAAGUUCACACUGAAGAUGCCGGGGAAGGUGUUCUAGAAGCCACUGUUGUUGGUCCGAAUGGACGUGAAGAGAAGUGCCAACAGAGGAAGAUUGGACCUUACACCUACGAAUGCGUCUACACUCCACAAGUUGCAGGACCUCACACUGUAAAUGUCCGCUAUGGCGGCGAUCACAUCAUGUUGAGUCCUUUCAAGGUCGAUGUUGGACCCUACAAGGAGACACGAAUCCGCGCAUUUGGACCGGGUUUGAUCAGUGGAAUCGUCAAUAAACCUGCGGUCUUUGUUGUUGAAACGAAUGGCGAGACAGGAGCACUUGGAUUCUCAAUUGAGGGACCAAGCGAAGCUCGCAUCGACUGUGCAGACAACGGGGAUGGAUCGGCAACUGUCGUCUACUGGCCCACAGUUCCAGGCGAAUACGCUGUCCACAUUCUCUGCAACGACGAGAACAUUCCAAAGUCUCCGUACAUGGUGCCGAUUUCUGCUGAUACAGGCAAAUGCGAUCCUAAUGCUUGUUUUUUUUUAAAAAUUACUCCUCACUUCCCUGAAGAUCUUCAACUUGGUCCAGUUUUUGGCAUUUUUCUCGGCAUGCUGUGCAGUCCAGAUUGGUUCUUCUCUAGGAAAACCUUCCACUUCCCUUAA